GUGCGUCCCCUCCUUUGCCCGCUCCCAGCCAGACACAAACUCCUGCCAUCCGCCCCCAAAGUGAACACCACGCAACCAGCCACGCCGAGAGGGUUAGACAGGAGAGCUCCUGUCAUGCCUCCAGCUCAAGAGAAGAGGAAGGAGGAACAUAAUAAAAUGUCACCUGAAGUGGCCUUGAACAGAAUUUCUCCAGCACUUUCGCCCUUCAUUUCCAGUGUGGUCAGGAAUGGAAAAGUAGGACUAGAUGCUACGAAUUGUUUACGGAUUACAGACUUGAAGUCUGGUUGUACAUCCUUGACCCCUGGACCCAGCUGUGAUCGUUUUAAACUGCAUAUCCCUUAUGCAGGAGAAACACUCAAAUGGGAUAUAAUUUUCAAUGCUCACUAUCCUGACCUACCACCAGAUUUUAUCUUUGGAGAGGAUGCUGAGUUUUUGCCAGAUCCUUCUGCCUUGCAUAAUUUAGCUUCCUGGAAUCCUUCAAACCCUGAAUGCUUGCUGCUUGUUGUGAAAGAGCUUGUGCAGCAGUAUCAUCAAUUUCAGUGCAGCCGAUUACGGGAGAGUUCUCGUCUCAUGUUUGAGUAUCAGACUUUACUUGAAGAGCCCCAGUAUGGAGAAAACAUGGAAAUCUAUGCUGGCAAAAAAAACAACUGGACUGGAGAAUUCUCGGCUCGCUUCCUCUUGAAGUUGCCUGUCGAUUUCAGCAAUAUUCCUACAUACCUGCUUAAGGAUGUGAAUGAAGACCCUGGAGAAGAUGUUGCACUCCUCUCUGUCAGUUUUGAGGAUGCUGAAGCCACUCAGGUUUUUCCUAAGCUGUACCUCUCCCCGCGUAUUGAACAUGCACUUGGAGGAUCAUCUGCCCUUCACAUCCCAGCCUUUCCUGGUGGAGGUUGUCUCAUCGACUACGUACCCCAAGUAUGCCAGCUUCUAACAAACAAGGUACAGUAUGUUAUUCAGGGAUACCAUAAGAGAAGAGAGUACAUUGCAGCUUUCCUGAGUCACUUCGGAACUGGUGUGGUGGAAUAUGAUGCAGAAGGAUUCACAAAGCUUACUCUGUUGCUGAUGUGGAAAGAUUUUUGCUUCCUUGUUCACAUUGACCUACCCCUCUACUUUCCUCGAGACCAACCAACCCUAACAUUUCAGUCUGUGUACCACUUCACUAACAGUGGCCAGCUGUACUCCCAGGCCCAGAAGAAUUACCCAUACAGCCCCAGAUGGGAUGGCAAUGAAAUGGCCAAGAGAGCAAAGACAUAUUUCAAGACAUUUGUCCCUCAGUUCCAGGAGGCAGCAUUUGCUAAUGGGAAGCUUUAGACAGCUUUGGGCAUGGAAACUUGACUGGACAGAUCCUUCAGUCUGCACAUGUCAGCCCAGAAGAAGGAUGCCUGGAAAUGGGUUGGACUGUCUUGAUAAGUGCUUUCUUGCCUCUGAACUGCUUUUGGUAGCUUCAUUUUAUGAAACAAAGACCUCACUAGCAUGCUUAGAGCUGAAUAUUUGAUAUUAGUCCUGCCCCUUUGCCUCUGCCACCACCAUUCCUUUAUAUAUCUAUUGGAUUAAAUUUUAAAAGGUGUGUAGUGAUAGGAUAACACUUUCUUGUGCCAACAAUGUCCUGUAUGUUAUGCCUUGUUUCCUCAUCUUCAGAUGGUCUAAACUGGACUGCUCUUCCCCAUGGAAAUAUGCUGUAAUGUGUACAUUUAGUUAACGUUUUCAGCUCACCCUAAGGAAACACAAAACUGCCGUGUGUACCAGGAAUGCCUAAUGGAUUGUACAGUGCCAUAUUCUGUAUGCCUCAGAAGUUUGUGUCUCACUGUGGUUGUGCUCUCACAGGUAUGGAUAUGAGUUGCACACUUCAAUUCUCAGUGCCUUUCCAGUUGGUCUGAAGUUAAUAUGGCAAGGUGUUUGAGGUUUGUUGGUUUUUCUAAUAUUUCUCUUGAAAGCUCAUUUUAUGUGAAAUGUUAGGGUUUUAUGCUUUGUUUUCAUUUCCAGUUGUACAGUUUUGUUGUUUUCCUAAUGAGUGCCCCUUGCCACUACAAGAAAGUUCUGUUUCUUUAGUACCAACGUGCAAGUAACUAGUUAUAUAAACCAGUAUAACAAAAUAAAGCUCUUUCAUAGACCUGUAAUUUUUCCAAAUAAGAUAAGUACUGUUAAGAGGCAAACUUUCAACAAAGGAAUGAGUGAUGUCUUGGGAAAUAGCUGAUGAAAUAAUGCAGGGCUAUAGAUAUUUAGCUUAAUGCUUAAGUUCAGCAUAUCUUCUCAGAAAAUAUUUUUAAGUGUAUAUAACUGGAAACAUUACCUCCCCUAAUUCUGAAAUGCCAAAUGGAAAAUCCUGCCUAUUCAUCCUUUCUUUCCUGCUUGUGUGAGGCACACCAGUUGGGACUAAUGGUCACAAUGUCACUUCCCCAAUUAAUUUGUGAAUAGACCAAGGUACUUUCCAGUAAGGAAUAAAAUUAACAGAGUAUGUUGGCUUAUAAAUGGUAUCUGGAAAAUGUGCUCUACUUCUGCUAAAUACAAGGAACUAAAUGAAUAGUAUGCAGAUGAUACAGUGGAACUGGAAAACAUUUUUUUUUAAUUAUACACUAUGGCAUCACAUACAAGGAAGUCUCUCAAGCUGCUUGAUUGGCAGUAUUCUCCUACCCUUUCUACAACUUGUUAUUUGGCAUGAAAAGUAGUGCUUUUCAGGGUUUAUAUUCACCUAGGAAAUACAGAUGGGGUUUGCGUCGUGAAGCUUAAUAAUUAAGAAUUAUGCAAAUAAUUCGCCUCUAGAAACUACAAGUAUUUUUGGCUAGUUUGUGAGCAAAAUUUAAUUUAUGUUUAAUACUGAAGUUCUUGGCUGAAAAUUAAGCUGCAAACAAAAUCUGUAUUGUAAGAAUAAAUAAAAGAAUAAGAAGUUUUGUUGUAA